AUGCGGUCCAUCACGUGCAUUGGUCAACGUACACGGCUGUCGUCCCGUCUGCCAUCUGCCUCCUUUGCAAGCAAGCAGGAGCGUGUGACUACCAAAAGUACUGCUUUAAUCUCUCCCGCAGGCCAGAAGCAGCGCCAGCAGCUCAAUCGGCUCCGGGCGGCGCUGACCACUGAGACAGUGGCCCUCUCACCGCCCGUCUCCAGCCGCUGCCAUUCGAUUCCACUAGUCGAAAAACCAGCUGGAAAUCCGGAUUGGACGAUGGCUAAGAAACGGCAGAAAGAAUUUGCGCGGAUGUUGCGUCUGAAAAAGGCGCGCCAUGCGCGUGUGAAAGACUUGCCGCUGUUUCGGGAAGGCUCGUGUCUCUUCCGUCACUUUGGAGCGAAGACAUUAGGGGAUUACGAACAUUUGCCGGGAUUUGUAUUCGAAGGUGAAGUUGCAGUGAUCCACUCGGAGGUCGAGGAAGAGCAAUAUGUUGACUAUCUACGAGGUCAGAAAGUUGUGGGCGUCGAUACCGAGGCGAGACCGGACUUUUUCCCGCUAAAGGGGAAGAAGGGCAACCCUGUCUGUCUGGUUCAAGUGUGUACGUUCGAACGGGCGUUUCUGUACCGAUUGCAACGAGGCAACCCGCUGCCUCCGAUGCUGCAGGAGCUAUUUGCUGACCCGGACGUCUUGAAAGUCGGCCACUCGUUGAGUGACGACUGUCGUCAAUUGACGGCGUUGGGGCUUGUCCACGCCGUGAACUCGACCGUCGAUACGCUGUAUAUGACUCAGAAACUUGGCUGCAUGCGACCUGGACUGAAGACAGCGUGUCAAGUGUUUCUGCGCGUAUCGCUUGAUAAAGAGAUGCAAGUGUCGGACUGGGAAGCGCCAGUGCUGAGUCAGGCCCAGAUCAAUUACGCCGCGACAGACGCUUGGGCGCCUAUGCGAGUGUUGCUUGCUAUGAUUCAAUUUGAAGACACAAAGGAGCUGCUGAGGACGAAAAGCUACAACUCGUCUGCUCGCACGGUUGUAGACGAGAAUCAUGAGGUGUUGCUCGGGAAGCUGCUGUCGUUUGCUCUUCGCCACGAGGUACCAAAAGUAGACCGAGAGUCGGAAGGCUGCAAGCUCUUUGUGGGCAUCACAGAGUUGCGACGACUGUUUGUUAGUCUCAUGUCGGCACCUUGUAUGACUGUAUGA